AAUUCAUAUAGAAAUCUAAAACAAAAACAAAAAAAUGGCCGCGAAGAUCUCGACCAAAUCAGCAUUGAUCGUCUUUCUUGCUGUGCUUAGCAUCAGCCAAUGUUGUUAUGGCAAGCUUGAGUUCGGAUCCUACAAAGAAACUUGCCCAAACGUCGAAAACAUCGUAUUUAAAGUUGUUAAAGAGGGAUUUAUCAAGGACCCAUCCGUUGCACCCGCAAUGAUCCGGCUUUAUUUUCACGAUUGUUUUAGCAACGGAUGUGAUGCAUCGCUUCUUCUCGAUGGUACGAGCAGCGAGAAAAAGGCAACACCAAAUCUAAGUGUACGAGGAUAUGAGUUGCUAGAUGACAUUAAAACCGCGCUCGAAAAUGAUUGCCACGGGGUCGUUUCUUGUGCUGAUAUCAUAGCUCUCGCUACUAGAGAUCUUGUUACUCUUGCAAGCGGAGAGAAAACAAGAUAUGAGAUACCAACAGGAAGACUUGAUGGUAGGGAAUCUACGGCGUUGUCAGUGGAUUUGCCGUCUCCUCAAUUGAGUGUCUCGCAAACCGCUGCGAUGUUUGCUAAAAGAAAACUUAGCGUCGACGAUAUGGUUCUACUUCUUGGUGGACAUACAAUUGGAGUAGCGCAUUGUUCAUUUAUCAAGGACCGGUUAUAUAAUUUUAAAAAUACGAACAAACCUGAUCCAUCUAUGGAUCCUAAGUUGGUUCAAGAGUUGAGAGGAAAAUGUCCUGAGAAAUCUUCAACUGAUGGCAUUAUUAAUCUGGAUCAGGAUUUCUCGAGUUCGAACAUUGUCGAUGUAUCUUUCUACAAACAGAUAAAUUCUAGUAGAGGAAUCCUUCAAAUUGAUCAAGAACUCGCCAACGAUGGAAUGACGAAAAAGAUGGUGACGGAUUUAGCCAAGGGCAACGAUUUCUUGGCUAGGUUUGGUCAGGCUAUGGUGAAUUUGGGAUCGGUAGGAGUUAAAGAUGAGCAGAAUGGGGAGAUCAGAAGAUCGUGUCGUUCUUGCAACAAUCUGUUUUGCACAAAAUAA